UAAACGUUUGAAAAAAGGAUCAAAGCAAACCGGGGCGUCGCUUGUGGAGGCAUUAUAAUUUCAUAAACUCUCCUGGAAUCCUCACAAAGAGCUUUUAAGUUGAAAUUUUACAACGGUGCUUUCUUCGCUAUUUAAUCUGUGGGAUAAGACAAUCGACAGAAGGCGACAGCAACCCAGUCGAGCCAAGAAUGAAACAGAACUGAUAGCGAUCGCUCGGGAUGGCUGAUCGUCCGUGCAGGAACUUUCAGCCAAAUGUAUUUAACAAGAGCAAGUGUCAAAAUUGUUUCAAGCUGAAAGAAGCACACGGCUCCUCUGGAUCCAGCCAAGAUGUGUCAUUUCAAAGUGUGACACGAAAACAGUCAGCUCAAAAGGUAUAUUCAAGACUGCGGACUGUGGUCAAAUCAGGGGUUCUGUGCAUAACAACUCACGAAUCGGUAGAUAAAGGGAGGGUUCUUCCUUCGCGAUGGAACAAGCGUUGGUUUGUGCUAAAUUCUACAGGGACACUGGACUUUUUUUUCUACGACGAACAGAAGAACUGCUCAACUGAAAGACUGGAUGGCAGUAUCAAUCUUGACUUUUGCAAUGGCAUGUUCAUUGGUGAGGCAGAUACCGGUGAACCAUUUUCCAUUGGGUUGAAGCUAGGAAGGACAACCUACUACCUCAAGGCCGAGAAUAGACUGGAGUUGGACAAUUGGUCACGGGUGCUUAAGCCAUUUGUCCAAGCAUCACAGGCAUUUGUUCCCCGUAGAAGCUCGAGUAGCUCUAGUGACUCAGAUGUGUUUCUCCAGAGUACAGCAGCUACUGUUUCGCGUGUACCAAGUUUUGAUAAAAGCACUCUUUCGAAAGUCAGCACCACUCCUCUAAGUAGCCGACCCACUGUGAGUACCGAGGAACAACAAGCAUCGCUCCAACUAGAGAAACUGAAAGAUGAGAAUAAGCGUUUAAGAGAGCAAAGCGUGUUGUCUGCAAGACAGAAGGACUCCGCGCACAUCCUCGAGCUUGAGUUGAAAACGAAGGUGAACAGAAUAAAAGAGCUGGAGAAGGAACAUUCUCAGUGUAGAGAUUACCAGAAAGCUUUGCUGUUUCAGGAGAAAGAACUGCUCGAGGCGAGAUCGAAAGUGAAUGACUUGAGACAGAGGUUGGAAGAGAAAGAGAAGCUUCUUCAACAACAUAAAGGAAAACUGUCAAUUCAUGCCAAAGAACUCGCGGAAGCCAAGGCUGAUCUUCAGGAAGCGAAUAGCAUUAUUGGAAUUCACAGAGCAAACGUUGAGUCGUUGAAAAGCGAACUUUCGUCCGUGAAGCACGUCUCGCGAAGUGGCAAAGAGAAAUUGAUUUUAGCUGGAGAGGAACCGGAGAGUGAUCAAGUGUUCAGUCUGAAGGGUGAUACGAAUGGCCAUGACGGCAAGGAUUUGGAAUCCAAACUGGCAGUGCUUAUGCAGAAACUGAAGCAGAAUGAACGAGAAUUGCUGGUGAAGACUAGAGAACUUGAGAAAGCCAACGAAAGUCGGUCGAAGGUCGCGAAGUACACCAGGUCGCUUUUGCAGGAGCUUGAGUCGAAGUUGAGCAAUAACGAGAGAAAGCUGGCCGAGACUGAAAACCACUUGGUUAACAAAAACUUAGAGCUUGAAUACGAGAAAGAAAGACGCGUCAAAGUUGAAGAGGAGAACAACCGACUGUUUGCAGAACUUGAACUGCUGUCGGAUGAGCGGAAAAAAGAUGGACUUUCAAAAGAGGUCGUUGAGCUGUUAAACAGAGCAAGAGAACGCGUUGCGUCGGAAAAUAUCGUAGCGGCAAGGGUGACAACUGUAGAGGCGGAGGUGACUCAGGCCGAGCCAAAAUCUAGUGAUGAUGAAAAAAGAACUAGUAACGGUUUGUCCUAUGUCAAGGAACUUAAUAAAUUGAAAUUAGCUCUUGAUUCGGUGGAGAGUAGUGAUUCAGAACAGAGUGAAUCCGGUCGUGGCGAUCACGAUGCCGCUUUGAAAUCCGCCACCAAGGAAAUUGAUCGUUUAAAAGACUGUUUGAAAGAGAAAGAACAGGAUGUAGAAAGCUUAAAAACCCAGCGUAACAGAUUUAAGGACGAUUUGAAAAAGAGAGAAAGCGAACUGGAGAAUUUGCACAAGGAAAUGAGGAAAUUGGAAGAUAGAAAUGCCGAUGUGGUAGAGAAAAACAGAGAAUUGGAAGAAAGACUACAAACUGUUGAAAGCGAACUUACAGAAAGUAUGGAACGAGAAAUAUUUCUUCAGACCGAAAAUGAAACUGAUGAAGGGGAACGGUGGGACGUCAAAGAGCGUAUUGUAGGUUUGGAGGAAGAAAUCUCAAUUUACAAGGACAAAAUUGAAGAACUGGAAGCAAAAUUAUUGCAAAAAGAAUCCAAUAGUUUAAGCGCAGAGGCGGAUAAAAAACGGCUUUAUGAUUUAGAGAAACUGUUGAAACGUAAAGACGAUGAAUUGAGAGACACUGAAAGGAAUUGUGCUCGGAGAGAAAAAGAUUUGAUGAAGCAAGAGGAGGCUAAACGAGACGAGAUGGAAAUUGAACUAAACCGGGAAAAACUUCGUCUUGAAGAACUUCAGAAUCAGUUCGACGAUCUGCGAAACGCUUUGGAAUCCGAGCGGAGAAAGUUGCAAGGAAGGGACGGUGAAGUUGAGGAACUUAAAAGGAAAACUGAACUCAUGGUGUACAGAGAGGAUGCGGAAAAGCACAUCGAUGAACUGGAAUCAGAGUUGAAAGAUAGAGAAGAAAAAUUGUCUGACAGAGAGUCUUCUCUAGCAGUCGCCCACGAACGGAUUGCUGUCUUCGAAGAAAAAUUGAUUCUUUAUGAAUCGACAGCGAGAGGCUAUGAUUCCAAGAAUAGUGAUGAUCUUCAAAACAAAAUUCGCGUCCUGCAGGAUGAGCUCGAAGAAACAAGAGAGAAGUUAGCGGUAGCUGAAGAAAGACUCGUGGACUACGAAGUUGAGGAAAAACUUCUUUCUGCCGAACUACAAAAAAGCAAAAAAGAAGACGAAGAUUUUAAGGUUGAUGAGGUGAAAAGGAAGCUCACGGAAGCCGAAGAGCGAAUCAGGAAGUACGAAGAUUUUGCCAAGGACAAAAACUCUAAACUCAUAGCGAGUGAGGAGAAGGUUAUAGAACUGGCUGAAGAAUUAGCAAGAAGACUUACAGUUGAACAAGAAACGGCGGAGUGGAUUCAAGGUGUUGAAAACAACCUUACCUUGAGAGAAAAAGAAUUGAAUACGACGCGAGAGAGCUUAGUUAACAAAGCCAAAGAGCUGGAUAAAGAAAAGUAUAGCAUAUUAGACGUGAUGGAAUUGUCCAUGAAAUAUAUCAAAGAGUUAGAGCUAGCCAUUAGCGAGGAAAAGGAGAAUUCUAAAGAGCUGGAGAGGCAACUGGACGAUGAGAGGUCGCGAGUGACGCAAAUGGUUAAAGAGAUGAAGGAUGCUCAAACAGAAGGAAGCGAAAGCCGGGAAACCCUCAGCGAAAGCGUGAAAGUGGAACAGAUGGAAGAGCGGUUAGCGUUUUGCGAAAGAAGUCGAGAAAUGGAAGCCACUCGAGUGAAACAGCUGCAGACAGAGCUUGAAGAUUCAAGGAAGAAAUUCGCUGAGGAGUUGAGUCUCCAAAGAGAUUCUCAUGUCCACGAAAUGCAAAAGUUAAACGAAGAGACGCUGCAAGUCUCCGGAGCGGCAAGUUCCGAGGCUGACGAGCUGAAAUUACGGCUAACUUCUCGUGUGAUAACUCUUCAGUCUGACAUCAGCGAACUUAAGGCCUCUCACCAGCAAGAGAUCGAGAAAUUAAGAGCUCUUCACAAGAAGGAGUUAGAGAACGCGCGGCGGGAAGCCAUCUUGGAAAGUAGCGCUCGUGAAAUGAUCCGAGAAAAUGACGAGGAAAUGGCCGCCAGAGUACAAGAACUAGAGACUGAGAUGAAGGAAAUGACAGAAAGGUAUGAAGGUCAGAUGGAGCUACUGAAGAAAAGUCAUUCUCGAGAGAUGGACAAACUAAAGAGGAGCAGUGGGGACGGUGUGGAUGGUCUGCAAACUGAAGUUGUUCAUCUACAGGUCGAGAUGGAGAAUAUGAGUCAGAAGUACAUGGAGGAGAUCGAGAAUCUCAAGGUUAAUCACGGUGAAGAGCUUGAACAGCUCAAGCGCGACAUGGCUAUUGUUCUCCAGGCCUCUUUAGGAGCGGCGCCUUCACCAGCCAAGGGCGAUGACUCGAAUGUCCAGCAGCUCAAGAAUCGAAUUCACGAACUGGAGCAAGAAACAGAGGAACUCAGCAAGAAAUACAACGAGGAACUCAAGACUGAACGGGAAAAACAGCAACGAGAGAUCGAGCAAACACGUAACGACAUGAUGACAGUGAUCCAAGCGAUAAGAUCAGAAAAAUAUUUCGACGUGGAGGGAUCUGCUUCGCCAAUGACUCCAAAAGAACUGCCGCAAGACCUGGCCGCCAUGCGCGCAGAGUACGAGACGAAGAUCGCUAAAUUACAAGAAGAACAUCAAGAAGCUCUACGGGAGGCCAAGAGAUCGAGGACGGUGCCUCUGGUUACUUUGGAAGGAGAAGCCCAGAGUGAUUCCCAGCUUCAAAAGCGUGUCGUUCAGCUAGAGUCGGAGUUGGCGUCGUGUCGGGACGAGUUCCAAAAGCAGUUGUUACAGAAACAAGUUAAGCAUGACGAGGAAGUCAAUCUUCUCAAGGCCGACAUGUUGGUCGCCAUUCAGGUGGCAAGGAGUGGCAACACGUCACCAAAUGGUGGCAGUCAGCCCGACUCACAGACAGUCGCCAGUACCAUCACCCGUGCAGGAAUGAAGCUCUCAUUAGAGGAAGCGAUGACAAAAAUUGACGAUCUCGAAAAGGAAAUUGAAACGAGCAAAAAGCAGGCCAAAAAGGAAAAAACAGACUUGGAGAAAAGUUUGAAAAAAUCCGAGGCUGCCACCAUGUUUGGGCUGAGAAGAACGGAAGAGAUGAGCAUAAAGAUUUACCAGAUGCAAAAAGAAAUGGAAGCCAUCGACAGAAAAUAUCAAAAGGAAAUUAAAAUGUACAAAGACGCUUUUGAACGGGAGAAAGAAGAGAAGUGCAAGAUGGGUGACUGGGAAACGCUCUCGUCAGAGAACGAUAGUCUGAGAUUGGAAAUCGAAGAGCUUGAUUUGAAAAUCGAAGAAAUGGAGGCCGCGCACGCUGCCGAGGUCAAUAUGUACAAACAAAAGCUAGGCGAGGAGAAGAUGCAGAACGUUGAGGACUUGAGAUUGAAAAUCAAGAGUUUAGAGGAUGUUAUCGAAGAACAGAAGUUAGAGCACGAAAAAGAGCUGGAGGAUUUGAAGCAGGAACGGGAUGCUUCAGUUCAGGAAUUAAAACGAAGACACGAGAAAGAACUUGAAAGCGUCAGGAGCGAGCAACGUGUGUUGAACGGCGCGAGUGGAAAUACUCUGGUUACGUCUUUAGAUUUAAAACAAAAAGAACAGAAGAUUAAAGAUCUUGAGCUUAAAGUCGAAGAACAAGAAACUCUGCUUGAGGUGAAGAGGCGGAGACACAAAGAGGAAAUUAAAAGUCUCCGUCAAAGACUAGACGAUGAAAUUCAGAAGCACAGCGAAGAUGUGCGCUCGCAUCGCACAAAGGUUCGACAGCUGGAGCGACGCAAGUCCGAGCACUCGAUCUCGUUCGGAUUCGUGGACGACGAUUAUAAACGAAUGUACGACGAACAACGAUCGGAAAAUAUCAAACUUAAGUUCACUGUUGAGAAGCAGAAGAAAGAGCUAGAGGAGAUGCGUAGUACGAUGGCGAAAGAAGAGGAGAAAGCAGCAAUAGCAGAGGUGACGGAGAGAAGAAGGCCAUACGAGUCACGCCGUCCCGUAUCAGACUCUUUCCCGUCUAGCUUUUCGUACAGCAGGAGCUCCUCGUCCCAGGACUCCACUCUUUCAUCCGCAACCAAAGAACCCCUGAGGAAGGUGUCGUCUGACGCGAAGGUCGACUCCGACCCAGUUUGGAAGAGGGCGUCAGGGGGGCCUCUGUCAAGACAGACUUCCGAAGGAGGGGCGGGGAGGUACGGCACAACCAUCACGAGGCAAUCAUCAACUGAUGUCGGAAAGGGGAAACCUUUGACGAGACAACUUUCUAAGGGGGUGGAAUCUUCCAAUAUGGGUUCUGUUGCUGCUCGUGUUGCCCUGUAUCAAACUGUAGCUUCCAAGUUCAAAGAUAAAGAUGAAAAAACAGGGCAGAGAAAACCGUGAAUGAGAUUGUAAUGUUGAGUUUUCAGUGCAAAGAUUCGGACCUGAAAGAAAGAAAGAUGUUAAUUCUAUUCUACUCUGUCUUCAAAAAUUUAAUUUGAAACACCGUGUAAUUAUGUACAGCUACAACAGUGUAGAUGUUUGUAAAAGUAGGUUUAAAAAACUAAGCUCUUCAGGCGCUCGAUAUUUUGUAUCAAGACUAAAUUGUACUAAAACUGAGAAACGUUUGAAUUUGUAAAAACUAUGGAGUAAGCGUCACUUUAGAGUGUAAAGCCGAAAAUAUUCGGAAGGUAUUUUUGUAACAAUCAGAACUAUUUUUAUAAGGUUCCGUGUGUUUUUAGUCGAAGCUUCCAACGGCAACCUAUUCAAUUUAGUUUUUUGUUUAGAUUCACUAGCACUUGAGUCGAGUGAAUAAACUCAUUUAUUCUGA